GAGAAUAACUGAUAAUAUUAAAAUGACAAGAGAGUGUGUGUUAAAAAACAAUAAUUAUUACUAUUAUCAAGCAUUUACUCUUUUUAUUAUUAGCUAAUUAUUAGUUAGUGUAGCUAUUAUACAAGUGAUAAUAAUAGAUGGUUAAAUUAAAUUUAGUCAUAGAGCUAUUCAUUGUUGAGGUGUGGCUGGUACUCUGUAGCUAGCUUUAAUUUAUGACCUUCACCUUUGCGUAUAUAUCAGCAAUAACAUAAAUAUGUCGGGCGUUAAGGCACGCAGUUGGAUCAAAGUAAAGGAGUUUGUGGGUCUUCCCAAGAGAGAUGACUUUAAAAUAGUCGAGAAAGAGCUGCCAGCUUUGAAAGAUGGAGAGUUUCUUGUCGAGGGACUUUGGAACACUGUUGAUCCAUACAUGAGGUCUAACGAGCUCUCAAAUAAGUUAGGGUCUCCAAUGCCAGGAGGACAAGUAGCCAAAGUUACACAAUCGAAGGAUAAAAAUUUUGCAGUUGGCGACGUUGUUCUCGGUCCAUUUGGGUGGACCAGUCACAGCAUUUGUGAUGGACCUGCAUCAUUAAUGAAGAUCAUAAAACUAGACCCAACUAUACCACUCCCUCAAUCAACUGCACUAGGAAUACUAGGAAUGCCAGGUGCAACGUCUUAUUUUGGUUUGCUUGAUAUAUGCAAGCCCAUCAAAGAAGGUGAGACGUUACUAGUGAAUGCUGCUGCUGGAGCUGUUGGAUCUGCUGUUGGUCAAAUUGGAAAGAUAAAAGGAAUGAGAGUUGUGGGUUUUGCCGGCUCUGAUGAGAAAGUUGCUUACCUCAAGAGCCUGGGGUUUGAUGCAGCAUAUAAUUACAAGACAAUACCCUCACUUGAGGCAGCCAUUAAAGAAUCCUGUCCUAAUGGAGUUGAUGCUUUCUUUGAUAAUGUUGGUGGAGAUUUCUUUGAUACUGUACUUAGACAAAUGAAUACAUUUGGACGAGUGUCAGUCUGUGGAGCUAUUUCACAGUAUAAUGCUUUGGAGCCUAGAAAAGGCAUCGAUGUGUCUUCAAUCACUCUAAUAGUAAAGCAGUUGAAAAUUGAAGGAUUUAUUGUAACGCGAUGGUUGGACCAGUGGCAGGGAGCUUUUAAGGAAAUGGCUCAAUGGAUACAAGAAGGUAAACUGAAAUACCGUGAGACAGUUUUUGAAGGAUUUGACAGCAUGUACGAUGCUUUUGUAUCUCUCUUUAAAGGCGACAACAUUGGCAAGGUUGUUGUCAAAAUAUAACGAAACAGAUAACCUGAAAAUAACUGAUAAUAUUAAAAUGACAAGAGAGUGUGUGUUAAAAAACAAUAAUUAUUACUAUUAUUAUUAGCUAACUAUUAGUUAGUGUAGCUAUUAUUACAAGUGAUAGCUGGUUCUGGAGUG